AUGGAAAUCCAGCGACACAGAGGUCGACGCAGGACCUGGAACUUCCGACCUUUGGCUCGUUUAGCUGCUCGAGUCUGCGGUGCAUGUGCAGGAUGCGUUACAGCUUGUUCUCCUGCCAUUGAACCGCUUCCGAAAAAGGUGCUCAGUUCAGAGCCAAAGGAGAUCAGCGAGUUAUGGCCAGGUGAGGAGCUUUUGAAUGAUGUGAUCCAGAGACUUUGGCCUUCGAUCUCUGAAUGGUUUCAGAGGAAGCUAAAGGCCGAGUUGGAACCAGAGCUCAAGAAGCAGCUGCUGGACAUCGUGGAGUUUGAGGAUAUUGGUCUGGGCUCAACACCUAUGCGCUUAGAGGGGAUUACUUCUUCCAUGAGCUCCGAGGAAUGGGGAACCGAUGUCUUCAAGUCCAUCAAAUGUGUUGCCGAUCUGGACUACUCUGGUGAUGGUCAAAUCACUGUGGGUAUCCGAGCAGGAGGAGGGGGUGCAGUGGGCCAUGUUGCACUUACCAAGCUCAAGCUCCGAGGAAAGAUCGUUGUUGAGCUCGCCCACCUGACCCAUUUACCGCCUUGGUUCAGCGGCAUUCGCAUCUAUUUUCCUGACAUGCCUGAGGUUGAUUUGACGAUCGAUGCGAAAGUCUUUGUGCUGGAUGCUUUCUGUGACACAGCUUCCUUGGUCAAGACCAGGGUGCUGAAGGUUCUGCGAGAAGCCGUCGCCAAUGCCUGUGUUCUACCAUCCCGUUUGGUGCUGGAAACAACCACAGGUGUGGACCACUUCCGCCUGCAUCACCCACGACCCCGCGGCGUCCUGCGCACGCAGCUCGAGGUGCAGUCGUCCGCGGAGGCAGAGCUGCGGGAGGAAGCCCCUGCUGAAUCAAGAUACCCCUACCUGAAUGCCCUCAACUCAUGGCUCUUUGACUCUUCUCGUCCGACCAGCUUAACGUCCAUCCAGGUAGCACUGGGAGCUUGUACCCGCAACUGUGCCUCUGGCGAUGUCUUGGACUUUGUAGUGGAUGAUUUGGACCAGCAGUGCCUGAGUAUUUUCGUCAACUCCAGUGAUACCCCUUUGGUGAUCAUCUCUUUGAAAGAUGCACUUGAGGGACGUCAUCCAGGUUUCUCUGACGAGGAGGCACAAGUCCUCCAACUUCCCUUGAGCUUUGGCUCUGCCACAGGCAGCUUGAAGAUCCAGUGGCGACAACUUGCCAAAGGUGGAGUCCAAGGUGACCAAGCAUGGACCUUUGGCACACCCUUCAGAAGUAGCUGCCUCCUCUUCGUCGAUGUGUUUCAUGCAGUUGGCCUGCAGGCGGUUGAGGAUGAAACCGAGCUUUGGGCCGUGGUCUCGGUGAGGAGACCUUUCAAUGCUGCCAUCGCCGAGCAGACCUCUUUGGCAGUUCCUGCUGCUUCGCCAGCGCGGCAUGGGCUUCAGGAGUGGAGAUACCUGGGGGCUUUGGAACAUUUGACAGGAGCUGGUGCUGACGCAGAGGUGGAACGGCUGGUUCUGGGAAACAUUCCGGAACAGGCGUGGAGACUUUUGCUCGGACGCGUUGAUGCAAUGCCAGGUUCCUUGCCCGGAGGCGUUGAUGCGGUUUGGAAGCAGCCGUUUUGCUUGCUUCUGGAUGGAGAUUCUUCAGCAGAGGGUCCCAUCCGCAAAUUAGAAGUGGACAUUGAGAUUCGAAGGCCAGAAAGAGGCACCUCGAAGAACAAGAGUGCUCGGCACGAAAGGGUUGGGUCUGCAAGCUAUGGCUUGAUGAAACUCUUCAAUCAGCCACAGGCAAUGGAGGACUUAACCGUUCCCAUUUGGAAUGGCAAAAGAACGGCUGGUCAUGUUCGAGUGCGGGUGCAGAUGCGCCCACUACUAGCCCCAACUAGUGCACCACAAGCAGCAGGAACAGGCAGGCCAUCUCUUGGUUCUCUUGGCCAACGAUUCCAGUUCCUGGUGCGCCAGUGCUCGGGAAAAGUUGAGAAGCCAGCGAUUCGCGAGAUGCCUCGGUCACCUCCUGAUGUGCUCCAAGAGCUCAAAGAAGAGCCGCAACUUGAAGCUGAAAUCCCAAUCGAAAGCAAAAGUGCUCAAAAUCUGCUAGAUCUCGACGUGGUCGAGAAAGAAGAGUCAGUUGAAAGCCUUUAG